UUUUUUUCAACUGGUUAAUUUUUUUAUUUUAAAUUGGUGUUGAAUUAACUUUUUGUUGGGUGUAAAUACUUUAAUUUUUCUGAGUAUCAGAAGUAAAUUGUCUUGUGGAAUCUCUGUAUCAACCUUGUUAAUAAUAAUUGCGAAGAUUUAAGCCAUGUCAGAUGAAAAGAAAGGAGGUGACGUUGACGGUUUGUCUUCUGGUUUAGCAACCCAAUUGAACAUAAAUGCUCCCGUUUUUGUGCCUUCAAAUUUUAAUUUUACAAUUCCAAGUAAUUUACCUAAUCCAUCAAGUGGAAAAGAUGACAAUAAUGAACAAUCUUCAAGUGGUAUUGGUGGUGGUGAAUCUAGUGAACCUGUAGACGAUUGGGAAGAAGUGGCAGCUGGUGAUGAGGUUGAAAUCGAAGAAGGUGACGAUGAUAUGGAUGAAGAAAUUGACAUGGAUGAUGAAGAUGAAAGCGGUCUAGUUGAAGAUAAAGAUGGCGAAGGAAAGGAAGAUCAAAUGGAUGAAAUGGCUGCUGCCGAAUUAGCGAAAAAAAAGAGAAAAGGUGGAAAGAAAAAAAUUUCCGUCUCUAGUGAUAAAUCAUCUAAAAAGCAACAUAUUAAUGUUGUUUUUAUUGGUCAUGUUGAUGCCGGUAAAAGUACCAUUGGUGGACAAUUGUUACAUUUAACUGGAAUGGUUGAUAAACGAACACUGGAAAAAUAUGAGAGAGAAGCAAAAGAGAAAAAUCGAGAAUCAUGGUAUCUUUCUUGGGCUUUAGAUACCAACCAAGAGGAACGAGAUAAGGGUAAAACUGUUGAAGUGGGAAGAGCCUUCUUUUCAACUGAACACAAACACUUUACCCUUCUUGAUGCUCCAGGGCACAGAGGGUUUGUGCCUAACAUGAUUUGUGGUACCUCUCAAGCUGAUUUAGCUGUUCUUGUUAUAUCAGCUCGUAAAGGUGAAUUUGAGACUGGAUUUGAGCGAGGUGGACAAACCCGAGAACAUGCAAUGCUUGCCAAAACCGCUGGUGUUAAAUUUAUGAUUGUUUUGAUUAAUAAGAUGGACGAUCCAACCGUUUGUUGGAGUGAGGAAAGAUUCAAUGAAUGCCGAGAUAAACUUCUUCCAUAUCUAAAACGUUGUGGUUUUAAUCCUAAAACUGAAUUACACUUUAUGCCCUGUUCUGGUUUAACUGGUAUAUUUCUUCGUGAGGUACCACCGGAAAGUAUUUGUUCCUGGUAUCGUGGUCCCGCUUUCUUAGAUUUUAUUGACAGUUUACCCGAUAUGGAUAGACGAGUUGAUGGACCUUUCCGUUUACCUGUUGUCGAUAAAUAUAGAGACAUGGGAACCGUUGUUUUCGGUAAAGUUGAACAAGGUUCUGCUAGGAAAGGAAGUCAUUUACUAUUUAUGCCAAAUCGUAAAACAGUUGAAAUACUUCAAUUAUGGUGCGACGAAGAAGAAGUUAAUCAAGUUUAUUCAGGUGAAAAUGUAAAAAUUAAACUUAAAGGUGUAGAGGAAGAAGAAGUUUCUCCUGGUUUUGUAAUCUGUGACCCUGUUUCUCCCUGUAAUGUUGGUAAAAUGUUUGACGCUCAGGUUGUCAUUCUAGAGCACAAAUCAAUCAUCUGUCCAGGAUAUUCAGCGGUUCUUCAUAUUCACACCGCUGUUGAAGAGAUUUCCGUCAAAGCAAUUAUAUGUUUAGUAGAUAAGAAGACUGGAGAAAAGAGUAAAAUAAGACCAAGAUUUGUAAAACAAGAUCAAAUCGCUAUCAUGAGACUUGAAUGUACCGGAGGAAUGAUUUGUAUGGAACCUUUUAUUCAAUUUCAACAUAUGGGUCGAUUUACUUUACGUGAUGAAGGAAAAACAAUCGCCAUUGGUAAAAUUUUACGAGUUGUGGAAUAAUUAAGAAAAGACCAAGUUCGUCUCUAAAAUUGGAAAUUAACAAUAAUCGAAAUGAUUGAUUGACCUUGUCUUUCGAAAGUAAACAAAAUCAACAAAGAACCAAUCUAACUACUGAAUUCACCUUUAAAGCCAAUACCAAUUUUCUGUUAACCUUUUUUUUUCUUCUCUUUCUUUGAUUCUAUUCUAUCUUCUCUUCUUUCUUUCUCUCGAUAUUUUUCUUUUCUAAAUCAUCUAAAUUUGUUCGGAAAAGAUUCACAUCUUCUUCAUCAUCAUCAUUACCUGGAGAUCAUUUUUUUUUAUUCCAUUUAAAAAUCUUACAUGGACGAUGGAGGAAACAAAAACAAAACGGAAAAAGUUUGAUCAAAAACAGGGAAAUGAACCAGAAAAACCACCACAAGGCAACAAGAGAACUGAAUAACUGACUUUCUAAAAGAGAUGAUUUCAAAAGCCAAUCAACAAUUUAUUAAUUGUUCCACACGAUUGUCCUUGGAAUCGUAUAUAAAAAUUACUUAUGGAAAAUCAUAUAAUAUAUUUAAUGAUAAUGAUGAUGAUGGAUGAUGAUGAUAAUGAACUUAUAUAUGACACAUAUAUGUAUGUAAACUCUCAAUGCUCCUCUCUCUUCUUUCUCUCUCACUAUCUCUCUCUAAAAUUUUAUAUUAAUCUUUGAAAAAUUAACUAACGGUAAACAAACUCUUUUACUCCUCUUAUCCCAAUCAACAAUUUGCUAACACAAUUUGCUAUUAAUAUAACAAAACCCCCUCUUCCCAUAAGAAUCAAAUCAACCAAUUUUGGAUUACAAAACAAUCAACCACAAAGGUCAUGAUACAAAACAAUUACUAAAUCAGUUUACUUAUAAUUGUUCUGAUUAUUAAUCAAUGACCUUUGUAAUAUUUAUGUUCUCUCUCUCUCUUUUUUGCUCUUUAAUCUUCUUUCCCUAUGUUUCUAAUUAACUAAUUGUAUCAUAUUAGUGUGAUGAUAAUGAUAAUGAUAAUUACUAUUGUUAUUGUUGUUGUGUUUAAACACAAUUAAAACAAGACCAAAAUCAAGAA